AAGAAAGAGGAAGGGAAGGAAGAAGGGAGGGGAAAGGGAGGAAAGAGGGAAGGAGGGAAGGAGGAAGGGCAGGAGGAAGGGCAGGAGGAGCGCGCAGCCUGCAGAGGAGCCCCCAGAGGCGCCCGGGAGCGGAGGGGCGGCGGCCUCUAUCCCGUGACUGUGACCGAGCGGCGCCAUGCAGCCCGGGCCUUCGGUGCUGGUGGCCAGCAGGCAAGUUCAGAACGCCCACACGGGCUUGGACCUGUCGGUGCCCACGUACCAGGAGAUCCAUGGCAAGAUGAUGUCCGGCCACGUGGAGUACCAGGUGGUGGUGGUGACCCGGCUGCCCGCCUUCAAGUCGCCCAAGCACAGGCCGGACGACGUCGUGCAGUUCAUGGUUUCCAAGAAAUACAGUGAGAUCGAAGAGUUCUACCAGAAGCUGACGAGCCGCUAUCCACAGGCUGCUCUCCCCCUGCUCCCCAGGAAAAUCCUGUUUGUCGGGGAGUCCGACAUCCGAGAGCGCAGAGCGAUGUUCAAUGACAUCAUGCGUCAGAUCGCUAAGGACGGGGAGCUGGUGAGCAGCCCCGAGCUGCUGGAGUUCUUGGGAACGAAGCCCUCUGGGGGAAGUGAUUUAAUUGGGCGGCGUCUGCAGGAGCAGGAGAAGGAGGAGACUGAUGGGGACCCUGGGGAUGGGAUUGACUUCUUCCAGGAGCCAGACAAGACAGGGAGCGGGGCUCCCCUGCCUGGCAGCCUGAGCCACCAGAGGGCAGAGGAGGAGGAGGAAGAGGAGGAAGAGGUGCUGGACCCCCUGGGCAUCAUGCGGACCAAGAAGCCCAAAAGGCCUCGAGCCCCCGCGCCGGCCACGCCCAGGGCGGCCCCUGCGGGCUCGGGCAGGCCCAAGCUGACCAUCUUCGAGGAGGAGGCGGACCAGGAGGAGGAGGAGCUCUUCAGCCCGCGGCGCUCGCCCCCGAGCCCCGCCGGUCACCGGUUGUUCGAGGAUCCUGACCUCGGAGGGAAGGUCUCCCUGGGAGAUUCCCUGCUUUUGCCAGCUGCCUGUGAGCCCCAGCAGGGGCGCCCGGGCGUCAGUGACCUGUUCGGAAUUGAAGAGGACUUGGACAAGAUCCUGAGUUUGGGGUCACAGGCCGGAGCCCAGGCCCCACCCAGGGCCAAGCCUCGGGUGCCCCCCAAGCCAGCGAUCCCCAAGAAGCCCGUGACCGUGCCCCCGGAGGGAGCGGCCCCCCGGGGGGCCCAGCCCCAGGUGCAGGCCCAAACUCUCAGCGAGCUGGACAUCUUGAAGUACAUCCAGGACCAAAAUUCAGCCCACACUGCUGCCCCCAGCCUCUUCUGAGGAGCCCUGACCCCCGCGGGGGAGGGGAGUCGGCCCGCCCCAGCCCUCAGAGGGAACCUGCUUUGAGCGGGUGCCAGAGGCCCCGGUGACGUCGUUGGGGAGGAGGGGGUCUGGGGAGACCCCGGCGAGGGACCCCACUGUGGGACCUUCUCCAGGUCUCUGACUUUCUGUGCCUCCGUUUCCUUAUCCACAAAGGGAGGGGGAGGGGCCUCCUUAGCUGCUUCCUGGGGGGUUGUGAAGUGCCUUGGGGGGUGGCUGUUUUCGGGGGUCCCCGUCUCCGGGCCUCCCGUGUCGCUGCAGGUGCUAAAAUAAACAGACUGAAUGAGGUUG